GUCUAAGUCCCGACCUGCAGUCGAUGGAGCAGGUGCGGCGGAUAAUGCGGCCAACGGACGUGCCCGAUCAGGGCCUGCUGUGUGACCUGCUGUGGGCCGAUCCCGACAAGGACAUCAUGGGCUGGGGGGAGAACGACCGUGGAGUCUCCUUCACUUUCGGUGCCGAUGUGGUCGCAAAGUUUCUGCACAAGCACGACCUCGAUCUCAUCUGCAGGGCACACCAGGUUGUGGAGGAUGGCUACGAGUUCUUCGCCAAGCGACAACUGGUGACAAUUUUCUCGGCGCCCAACUACUGUGGCGAGUUCGACAACGCUGGUGCCAUGAUGAGUGUCGACGAGACCCUUAUGUGCUCAUUUCAGAUUCUGAAGCCAGCCGACAAGAAGAAGUUUCCGUACGGUGGCAUUGCAGCGGGAGGGGCCAAGCCAGCACCACCAAAGCGGGGACAG